AUGACGAUGGAGCUCUGUUUUGAGAUCCAAGUGAAAAGUGUACUUGGAGUUCAAUUCACACAAAAGGUUUUCCCGUUUGAUACGGUGGCUGAUUUGAAAGCUCAACUUAGCAAAAAGACGAGUCUUGAAAUGCACAAAUUGGCCCUUGUGUUUUGUGGCCAAGAAUUGUUGGAUAAUACAGCCCAAUUAUCGAGUUUUGGAAUCAAAGCCAAAUCUACUCUUGGAUUGGUAGUUAUGGCUAGAUCGGGUCCAUCACGGAGAUUUGUUCAGCCAGAAACGUCACGAGUCGAUUCUCUCGUUCUUUCGGAAACUGAGAGAUCACGACGUGGUUGUUCAGCUACAGAAGAUACAUCAGCUAAAGAGAGCAGUGCAGGAGAAUUAACCGAACAUGAUGAAAUCGAUAAACAGAAUCGAUUGACACGACUAGCAGAAGCCGUGUAUUCAGGACGACAUUCAAGAAGACAAAGGGGAAGCUCGAUAUCGACAGGAAAAACAACAGAACAAGGACACAAAGAAGAGACGAUUGCAGGAGAAAUUCUAGUUGAAAUAUCCGAUAAACCGAGUGGAUCACAAUCAGCCGAAGAUGAAGAGGCAGAAGAACCGGGGAUUCAAGAAGAAUGUCUUCCGAGACCGGAGUCCUCAGAUGGAUUAUUGAAUGCAUCUGAUCCGUCAGAACUAUCUUCGGGAAUGAUCAUUUGUGAUCUGACAAUGAGCAACGAGUUUCGAAAAUUAAAGGUUCGGCGACGACACCAUCUACCAGUUGUUGGCCGAGCAAGAUCGAGACCCCGAAUACAUACGGGAAGUUCAUCAGAUGAACGAGAAGGAGACAACGAUCCCGUUGUCGAUGUACAAGUGUUGAAUUCGUUAUCCGGGAGAAGACCCGUGCCCACACAAAAGACCCGACAAUUGCCUAUCAAAUCGACAGCUCAGCUGCGAUGCAGUGUGUGCGCUUUCAAAACGAACAUCACGUUCAAUUGCAGAUGUGGUAAGUUCUUGUGUCCUAAACACCGAGGCUCGCAUCCGUGCACUAGAGCAGGAAGAAGAAUUCAACAAGUCAGCGAA